AUGCUUCGUUGCCCCACUUCGACCGCCUUGGCAAAAGACCAUUCUGCGGCUCUGUCAAGAAGCGUACAUAAUAGGGAGGCAGCAAUGUGCUGUUGGCUCAGUUGUGCAGAAGUUGACCCUCUGGAAACGCUGGAGGCUAAUCUUCGCGUGGGCACGUUGUACAAAGUUCAACCCUGUCACCAGCCAACGCAUAAGCGCAUGACUCUUGAUCUGUCUGUUGGAUGA